UCUAAGUGCAUUUAUCUUUGAAAGCAAUUUUAAACAACUCAGAUAGAAAAUGAUACCGCUGAUCAUCCAAAUUCGGUGUUGGCUGUUGGAAACAAAAGUGUGGAGAUUUGUAGGCUUUGUUUCCGCUGCUGUUGGACUGAUUUGUUAUGCUCUAAGCUCUUCUUUCAACCAUCUAUUUGGAAAUUGGAAUUUGUUGAAGGUAAUUCUUUAUACUCUUUCCAGUUUCAUCAUCUGCCUCCUGAUUUUGUAUGCAAAUACAUGGCAAAACUCUAGAAGUCUUCGGUUCAAAGCUCAUACAGCUUUUCUAGUAUUGACAAUCACUGCUGUCUAUUCAUUUUUCUCUGAUAAAAUUAUGAAUGGAAAACCAGAUGCAUAUACUCUAAUUUCGUGUACUUCUUUUUCUAUGAUGUCACUUAGCUUGUCGAGGCAAAUUCAGUGUGGAUUUGAAGUUGAUCUUAUGUACUUUUAUCUAGGAUGUUUAAUUGUACAACUCAUGAAGAUUAAAUUGUCGUUAGCUAUUGUUGGAGUUUGUUAUAGCUACUGUGUUAUUAUUCUUCGGUCUUCAUUCUCUUCCUUAAAUGUUACACAAGAAACUCAAUGUCUUGGACUUGAAGAACAACAUGUGAUCAUUCAAGUUGAUUCACAACAUAAAAAUACCAAUAGUCAUGACAACAUCAUGCAAGAGUUCAUGACUUGUAUGAACGAGCUUAAGCAGAACAAUUCAAAUAUUGCCAAUAAGUUUUUGGAGAAGGUAAAAGGGAACGGUAAAUUGGUAGUGACUGAUCACAACUUCAUAAUUGAUGCCCUGCCAAAUGAAACAAUCAAUCAUCUUCAUAAAACCGUGAAAAUGAUGGUGGAUGCUGGGUUUGAGAAGGAGUGCUCUGAUUUGUACAUUAGUUUGCGUAAAGAAUGGUUGGAAGAUUUGUUAAUAAAUAAAUUAUUAAGGUUGGGAAAAAUGGGAUUUCAGGAUUACAUGCUUGGAAGAUGGAUUAAAGCUUCUAAGGUAUGUCUUAAAAUACUAUUUCCAAGUGAGCGUCGACUCUACGAUCGUGUCUUCUCAGAAUCAACCAAUGAAGCAUCUAAUCUUUGUUUCUUGGAGGUUUGUUAUGGAGCGACGAUACAACUUUUGAAUUUCGCAGAUUUGUUUGUCAAUCAAAGUCCUUCAACGUGGCGUUUAUUUAAACUCAUUAGCAUGUUUGAGACGUUGCGCGAUCUGAUUCCUGAGUUUGAAUCAUUGUUUCCAAGUUCGUUGGUGAACGAAGUAAUACAAAUAAAGAAUAGAUUGGGUGAAGUUAUUUCAAGUGAAGAUAAUUCCCCCUCAUCAAUUGAAGAGAUGCAAAUUUAGUUAGAUAGACAAAGGAGGGUAGAGAUAAUUAAUUAAUUACUGAUUAUUUACUUCGGAGUUUAUAGGAAGUUUAGUUAUAAAUGUUAUUACUUGAUAUGUUUGUACCCUAUGUAUAGCUUAGCUUAUGGUGGAAAACAUGUGAUUGGGUAAAUCUGCAAGUGCACGGUUUACCGAAGUAGUAAAAAGAGAGUAUUGUUCCA